CAAGCUUAGCGGUAACGUGAAAUUGGUGAUGUCGUUUAAUCAUUAAAAAGAUUCCAUAGUUUUACGCUCUAAAGUAGAAUUUAUUUUCGAUAAUAUUACUUUUUAUUUGUAACUUAUGUUAUCAUAGUGUUCAUUAGUGGCCACGGUGAGGUUUAAAAUUUAGUCUUGCGUUUAAUUUUUUGACACAUAAAGACGCCAUGUUUGUCACGUUUUUGCCAGUUGUGAAUAUAUUUAACCGAAAAUUCAAUUGUUAAUAGCACUAAAUUGUACUCGAGUGUUUUAAAAAGAAUAAAAAUGAGCGCAAGUUUUACAGUGAAUAAAGAGAAGAGAUCCAAGUCUUCUAAUGACGCCAAUAAUUCCUUUGUCAAGAAUGUAACAUCAAAGAUGACAGGAUUUUUGCCAUCUACAAUAACAAAAUGGUUCAGUAGUCCUAGCUCUACCAACACUAAUGGAUCAGUACCCAUAGCUGAAUCAACGGAUUCUUCAACUGAAGAUGAGGCUCCAGAAAGUCCAAUUACAACUCAGCCACCUGCUAAAAGAAUGCGAUACAGUUCCCCGGGUACUUCGAACACCUAUAUUCCACCAGAAACAAAAUGUACGAGUACUAACACGGAGUCCAUUGCAACAUAUAGUGAAAUGCAGUCUCCGAUAAGCAGAAAUGCAUUUAGACCAGAAUCAAAUUUUGUGUCCACAAAGCUGCAUUCACCAUCUGAAGAAUCUAUUAACGAAACCAAAAAAGAGCCAUUUUUUUAUAAUUUGGAUUCAAGUUUAAAUGAAAACAAUUCUGUUUUAAAGAAACGAAAGUCCCUUUUUAACAUUAACCACGAAGAAAAUUAUGUAAGUAAUUCAACGGGCAUGAGUCUUAGUGAACCACAAUUCAAAGCCAGUUAUCUUUCUGCUCCAUUUUACACUAGACAGGCAAUAUAUGGUAGAGCAAUAAGCGCUUACAUGAAUGAACCAAAUAUUAAACAAAGAAAGGAUACCUUAGUAACAAAUAAUAGCAAUGAUGACAAUGUUGCUAUUAGUCACUCAGCUAGACGCGUUUUGGAUUUGUUAGAAAAUUAUUCCUCUCCAUUAAUGGAAGCUAAAAGAAUAUCUCAAUUCAUGAAAUCUUCUAAUAAUAAUACUCUAGACAGUUCUAAAGCCAGCAGUAGCAAAGGACUUUCAUAUAAAACACAAGAACUUCAUGUGCCAAGCAUUGCAACAAUAUUAAGACUUAAGCAAAAGUCAAGACUUAUGGAUACAACCAGUGCUGCUCGACAGUUAAUGGCAUCGCACAGUAGCUCACCUGAUUUUAUGGCAUAUCCAGCACCAGCAAGUCAAAGUAAUACAUUGAAAGAAACAAGUGAUAAGUUAACCACUAAAAUUAAGUCCAGAUUGACUAGGAUAAACAGAGAGGAAAAGGCAGUGUACGAAAGCAAUGAACCUAUCAAUCUUCCUACUGCAGUUUUACAAAUUGAUAAAGAUAAUUUACCUAAGUUUUCUUUGGGCAUUCCUACACCCAAACUAAUACCAAGUUCUUCAACUGUUACUGCUACAGAUUUUCCAAAUUCUUUACCACCAGCAGUAAACACAGUGAUGGCAAAUAUUGAUAAAAAAAUUAAUGAAACAAAUGUGGAUAAAGGAGAAAACACUAAUAAUAGCAGCUACCAAUUUUCGAUUCCAGUCAAUGUAUCUAGUGAAACGGUAAGUGCUUCUUCAGUGCCUGCAAAGUUUACAUUUGGCAGUCCAGAAAGGACUAUAGAAAAGACAAUAGAUACAAAAACUGAUAGCGCUCUCUCCAAAGUUCAUCAUCCAAUUAUUAAAGUAAAGACAGAUUUACUACCACAAUCAGAAGAUUGGAAAUGUGAGGAUUGUUGGGUAUCUAAUAAACCAGAUUCUGCAAACUGUGUAUGUUGUGGAGGUAAAAAGCCUAUAAAAAAAUCCACAAAAGUUAAUAAAUGCACACUCUGUCAAGUAGUUUUGGACAAAGAUUGUACAAGUAAAUGUGUUAAUUGUGAAAAAACGUCCAACAAUACUGGAAACUCAAAACUCGUGAGUAUAGAUCUAUCACAAUGGAAAUGUCAAGACUGCUGGGUGAAGAAUGAUGAAGGAGUAGAAAAUUGUGUCUGUUGUGGUAGUAAAAAACCCAACUCUGAAGGAACUGUUGCCAAUUCAAAACCUGAAAGUGUUGAAAGUGAUUGGAAAUGUGAAGUAUGUUUGAUUAAAAAUAAAAGCAGUGUUGAGACAUGUGCUGCAUGUGGUGAAGUAAAACCUAUUUCAAAAAAUCCUCUUACCAAUAAUGGUAAAUCUGCUUAUCAAUCUAAAACUACUGGUAAUGUUUCUUUACUUAAAAAUAUUAUUAAAUCACAAACUGAAAAGUGGGAGUGUGUAAAUUGCUUGGUGCGCAAUGACAACAAUUUAAGUAAAUGCGUUUGUUGUGAGACAGAAAAACCAGGAACUAUAAAAGAAUCUGAAAAGAAAAGUUUUAAUUUUGGUAUUAGUCCAAAUAUGUCAUUUAAAUUUGGUAUUGAUCCAAAACUUGCUGAAAACAAAAUUGUAGAACCUACACCAGUAACAUUAGUUACACCUGCAAAAGAAUCUGAGACUAACAAUAAUAAUUUAUCUAACACAUUUACUUUUGGUUUACCAAAAAAGAAACCAUCAGAUAAAUUUAACAAAUUGGAAGAGACACCAGGUGAAAUUUCUAAACCUGCAUAUACAUUUGGAAUACCGAAACAAACUGCAGAAUCUACAAGUAAAAAUGUUUUUAAUAAUCCUGUUCUUGGCAGCAAAUUGCAUGACGAAGCGCCAAAAUCUUUAACUGUAAUAAAUGAAGAAAAGGAUGAAGCUGAAAUUGAGCAACCAAAAACACCGGUUUCAAACAUUAAACCAAUAGGUAUAUUUGCUGCACCAGUUCCAGCCCAAACUCAAACCAAGACUACCGAGACACCAGUUUCAAGUAUAAAUUCCCUUAACAGUUUAGAAAAAAAUGACCCACAGAAUCCUUUACUCCUUUCUACGUCACAAUCUUCAGCUGAAACUGGAGUGCCUAAAACUACAUUUACUUUUUCUUCAAGUGGCAUAAGAAUAGCAUCAAAUCUAUUUAGUCCACAAGUAACAACCACUUCAACAACAACUUUACAAGAAACACCUGUUUCAUCUUCUUCUUCUUCUUUGUCAUUUUUUCAAAAAAGUGAUCCCGUUACUUCAUCAUCUUUGUCAUUCUUUCAAAAAAGUGAAUCGACACCUGCAACAUUAUCCCUUUUUAAUAAAACAGAGACUACAAUAACUACCACUGUUUCACAGCCAGGUGUAUCUGGCACGCCAGUAUUCAGUUUUGGCAGUAAUAAUGUACCAAAUGUCUUGGCACAACCGGAGCAGCCGAAAUUUAAUUUUUCUUUUGGAAGCACAAAUAAACCUGAUACUCCAUCUUUAUUCAAAGCACCUUUCGGUGCUACUGCCGAUAGUAACGUCGGUGCCAAUAACUUUACACUGACAAAUGCUAAUUCUAUGAACACUGGUAAUGUUUUGUCUGGAAAUACACUUGGUGGAUUACCUGGUGCGAAUAAUAUGACUGGGAAUAUCUUAUCUGGUGGUAGUGGAUUGCCAGCAGUAAAUCCAUUGAGUGGACUAUCAGGCAGCAAUGCACUGGGAACUGCGAAUCCUUUAAGUGGACUUGUCUUAUCAACAAAUUCAUUGUCUGAGGCCAACAACUUGUCUCAAACUAACAUCUCAUCUACAAUGCAACCAGGUGGUCUAUUUGGCGCCGCAAUAAAAAAAGACGACAUGUGGUCUUCGAGUAACAAUACCUCUAAUAAUAUGUUUGUCUCAAAUGCCACAAACAAUAAUGCACAAAAGCCUGCUUUUAAUUUUGGUAGCUCUUUACCAUUUAACUCUAACAACGCAAAUCCUGCUCCCACCUUUGGGAGCCCAUCACAACCAACUCAAAAUAUGUUUGGAAUAUCAAAUCAAAACAGUCAACCAUCAUUAUUUUCGAAUCAAAUGCAAAACUCUGCCCCACCAAAUAUAUUUGGAGCACCACAGCCUGCCAGUAACUCUGUGCCAACAGUGGGAAUGUUUGGAACACCUAGUACAGGAGUUGCGCCCAAUUUCGGGUCACCCAAUCCUAUUCCAACCUUUGAAGCACCUUCGAUGAAUCCUACACCAGCUCCAGCAUUUAAUUUUGGAGCACAACAAACAACUGGAAUAUUUGGAUUUGGACAGCAGCAGCAACAACAGCAACCACAGCAGCAACAACAUCCUGGUGGCGUAUACAAUUUCGGUGCAACGCCUGCGAGUGCAGGGUCAACGCAGGUUCAGUUUAAUAUGGGCAGUUCCCCGUAUAUUUCUGGUCGACGUGUGAGAAAAGCAAUUCGUAGGACCUCGCAGCGAUGAAUCCCACGGACGUCAACCUUUAGAAACCAUUUGUAAUUAUGUAGUGGAAGACUAAGUUUAUCUGAACCCUGUUCACUUACAAGAUUAAAGCAAAGAAUAAAUAAUAAGUUGUCAACACAAAUUUCAGAUUAUAUUGUGUAAAUGUUGGAUAGAAUCAAGGGAAGUUUAGAUUACAUUACAUUUAAUAUAAUUGGAAUAAGACUUAAAAAAUACCUUUUUUAUGUAAGUAUUGAUAUUGAAUUUGUAAUCAUGUCUCCCAAUCUUUUACCUUUGUGAAAUGCUAACAUACAUAAAGUGGAAUGAUCAGGUUAAAUUUUACAUUAAAAAAUGUAGAUGUAAUGGAUGCAUAAGUAAUUUACUUUCUUGAUAGUGAACAAGGUGUAGUUAAAAAUUGUAUAAUAUUACUUACUAGAAGCAACUUUGGAAUUAUAAUUAAUAAAUUAAAAAGGGAUAUAACUAUGAAACUAUAGAGUGGAAAAAGUUCUCAAGCCUAAUAGUGAUAUUUUAGGUAACAAUUUUCUUGUCUUAUUUAUACAUUUAAAAGUAAGUAAAUGUUUUGAAUUACAUCUAUGUGUUACACAAUAUCAUAAUAUAAUCUAAAUGUUAUGUAGAAAAAUUAACCGAUGAAAUAUUUCAUGCAUGUCAUAGCAAGUCUCUAUGUGAAUUAGUGCAGUGUUUCAGUGUUUAUGAUGCUUUUUUUAAUACAUAAUAUUAAUUAAAGAACCUGAUUAAUUUAAACGUCAAAUUAAUUAUCACAUUUUAAACAUCAUUGACACCUUAUAUAUAUUUCAGAAUAACCAUUAAUGAUUUUAAAAAUUAAAAAAAAAACAGCUAAAGUAAAGGGUGGCGCUUUACAUUCAACAAUGUGAGAUUUACUGGCUGUUACUUACACAUGUAUGUUAAAAACAUAACUUUGAAUAUUGUCGACAUCCCAUUUAUUAUUUUGGCGGUCUAUUUCAUUUUGAUUUUAAGCCCUGUUCUGGCAAUUUCAUAUCAUUAGUCUAUGUUUUUAAUUUGAGUCUGGGCUAUAUUUUUAUACAGUGCAGUUUUUUUUUUACUGGAUAUAUAUAUUUUUUAAUUUUAAUACAAACAAAAUGUUCACGUAUACAAUGACUGACUGACUUAUACUGAAAGAAUUAAAACACAUGACAUAAUCCCCUUAUAUUAAAUUAUCAACUCUUAAUUUUUAUAGGUUUUUUUUACUAUGAAAAUAAAUUACUCUUAAAAUUAUUGACGUUAUCAUUUGUAAGCACAAAGAGUACUAAAAUUUAUUAACAUAGUAUAUUUGAACUAGUUCCGGUUCUUGAAAUUUUCCUUGCCACUGAAAUCACUUAGUACUUAAUGUCAUAUAUCAAAAUUGUAUAUGAGCGCCAAGAUAUUAGUUCCUCAGGACUGACAACUGAGGAUAUAUUGUUACUUAUACUAUACAUUUUUGAACGAAAAUGUUUUCUAAAUGUUAAUUAUGAAUUUCAAAAAUAAUCACAUGAUCCUUUCCGAAAUAUUUUUAGAAUAUAAGUGAUGUAUUUCUUUCGAAAUAUGUUUUUUUCUUGUAAAUAAUGUUUUUAAACAAUAAAGGAUCAAAAGAUGGUCGUCAAAGUUAUUGACGAUGUUAAAUAUUCACAUCGAUGUAACAAACAAAUGUGCAUAAAGGAAGCAGGUCUUCACUUUCUAUAAUGCUAAAAUCGAAAGAGAUUUGUUUUUGUCUUAACGUUUUUUACUUUAUUUAUGGAAAAUAAACUUUUAAUGAAUUAAGGUACACUUGUAAUGCUUGUCAACAUAAUUAAAUAGUUGUCACUGAAUAGUGUCUUUGUAUACGAACAAAUACUUUAAGUAACGUAACCUUUUCAGGCACUUAAUGUAUUCAAUGGUUUUCUUUAAUUUUCAAAGGUAUUUUUCAAUUUGUUUUGUUAAAACUAAAAUAUGAUUACAGUUUAAAUUUCAACGCUUUGUACUUCUUAUUUAUAUAAGUAUAGUUAAAAGCCGUUCGUAUUUAGGUAUACCACCCUUAUAAAUAAAUAUGAUGAUUAAAGCAUUUUAAUGAAAAAAUAUUUUUAUCAAUGCAUAAUUGAUGUAUUUCCAAAUAAGUAAUCCAUUUGUUUUAUAGAAAGGGUAAAUAUAAAUCUAACUCAAAUUGCCUUUACAUUAUUAGACAGUCCAUUCCGAUAUUUUAAUUCAGUAAAAUAUUUUGCUUUAUAGGAUCUUAUUGAUAAGUGUAAAAUAUCAGUGUAACAAAAUUAUAUAUGAAAAUAGUAUUUGAUGAUUCUGUGUAAUUUGUGCUAGUAUCUAAUAUUUCACUUUCUGGGAAGUGAAAAUUUACCUUAAUACGUUUCUCGUUUUUUUUUUUACUAUUUUAUUUACUAUUCUUUGAAUUUUGUCAAUAUACGGUUGCAAGUUCAUGUAAGUAAAUUAUAUAUUCAAAUUUACUUACCACAAGGGAGUAUUUUCGAUAACACCUAAAUACAAGGCUCUAGCUGUAAAGAUAGUAUUAAUUUGAUAAGUUCUCUUCAAAAAUGAUUUGUGUUAUUACUUUAUGAAAUCAGAAUUUUAGUUCGCUGUAGCUGUGAUAUAUUAAAUUGUGAACAGUAACAGCAACUUUUUCUUUACUUGUAUUUGUUAUCAACAUUCGUAUAAAUAUUUUUGCUAUGUUUUUAUUUUGUAUGAGGCGAUAGAUAAAUUUUAGUUGCAAUAAUUUAGUUUUAAUUUACAUUGUGCGAGGACGUAUUUAAGGUAUGAUAAGACUAUUUUUAUUGUGGUAGUAAUUAAUGGAAGGUUAUCUAUAUGCGUCCUACCAACCGUAACCGUGUAAAAUAUGUAAUAGAAUUAAACUGUAAUAUCAACAUUACAAUAAAGUUAAAAUGAAAGUUGGGGAGCAAAACUAAAAUAUUAUCGAUACACUAUUUCGUGUAUUUGAUAUUAAAUGUUCAUAAAGGAAAUUAAUUAAAUUAAAUAUCGUGUUUUGAAUUCAAUGCUUUUAGAUUUGUUCCUCAAUACAAACGGC